AUGAUGCUGCCAAAAAUAAAAAUACAAGCAAAUUUAUUUUAGGAAGAGUAGACUAAAGAAAUUGAAUGCGCAUUUUGGAAUUAGAAAUAUCGUGGAUUUUUGAAAACUAAUUUUCUUAUCACAUUUACUAAAUAAUUUCAAUUCAUUUACAAAAAAAUGAAUGGUUAGCUAAUUGGCAUGUAAAAUCAACUCAUUUAAUAAUCAGUGAUUAAAAUUCAGAUGCUUAAUAGAAUCUUGAAGUAAAGAUUAAUUACAAAAAAACCAAACAUUUAAGAUGGUUUGGAAAAUAAGGUUCAAAUGGUUAAAAAUUUGGAAAAUGGUAAGCAAAAUGGAAAGAUGAGAUUUUAGAGAAUGUUGGUGGAGAAUACUCAAAAUUAGGAUAAAAAUAAGGUUUAUGGAAGGAUAUAAUAGAGGAUUAUUGGACGUAAUUGAUAUUAUGAGAAAAUCUAGUCACGCCCAAGUGUAUGAAGUAGGAGAAUAUUUAAAAGAUUAGAAAAUAGGAUUGUGGAAGAUUAUUUAUGACAAGGAAGAAAUGUAUUUAAUUUAAAAAAUUAAUAUUAGAGGAGGUGGAUAAUUCAACAAUGAAUCCUGUAAAAGCGGAAAUUGGAUUGAGUUAUGUGAUAAUUUUUGGGAGUAUUAAAUUUAUGAAAUGCUUAAAAUUAGUUUAAAGUAAGUCACCUAUUGUGGAGAAUAUAUAAAUGGUAAUAAAAUUGGUGGAUGGGAUAUCCAAUUCAAGAAUAAAGUAUAAAAUUAAAAUAUAGAAAAAAUGUAAAUAAAUUGAAUAAGCUAAUUAGUGGCGGUGGAAGCUAUGAUGUUAAAGGAAGUAAUUUAAAAAUAGGUAAGUGGAUUGAACUUAGUGAUGAAUUUUAUGAGUAGAAAAUAUAUUAUUGAUUUUACUUUAGAGAUAAUUAAGUUUCUUACAAUGGAGAAUAUCAAAAGGGUUUUAAAUUUGGAAGAUGGAAUACUUAUUUGAAGUUCGAUGGAAAUUAUGAAGCUAUGUAAAAUCUAAAAUAUCAUUAUUAUAUUAGUGGUGGAGGUUUAUAUGAUUGGGAAGGAAACGGUAAAAAAAUCGGAAUAUGGAUAGAGUUGAGUGAAGGGUUUAAUGAGUAGAAAUAUAUUAUUAUUCAAUAUUACUUUAGAUCAAAUUAAUUCAUUUUUUAGGGAGAAUAUCAAAAUGGUAUUAAAGUUGGUAGAUGGAAUUCUUAUUUUAAGUUUAAUGGAAAGAAGGAACAGAUGUAUAAUAUCUAAUGCAAUAAUAAUUAUAGAGGAGGAGGAUAGUAUGAUGAGGAAGAAAGAGGGCAUAAAAUUGGAAAGUGGAUCGAAUUGAAUGAUCUGUCUUGCAGGAGUAGGUAAUUUACUUUUUUUUAAUUUCCAUAUUAGAUAUGUUUAGGUUCUCUAUUCUGGGGAGUAUAUCAAUAAUAAAAAAGUUGGCAUAUGGAAUACAUAUUUUAGAGAUAGAAUAUUAAGUAAAAAUUUUGAAAUCAUGUAAAAAGAUGAAAAUAUUAAUAAUUUAUUUUUAGAGGAGGCGGAUCAUAUGACGAAAAAACGCCAGGUAUUAAAAUUGGCAAAUGGAUUGAGCUGGGCCAAAAUUUUGGAGAUGGAUUGGGAUAAUUAUUACUGUUUAAUAUUGGUGAAUAUAAAAAUGGUUAAAAGUGUGGUCCAUGGGAUGUUUUUUGGAAAGAUGACAUAAAGAGGAAAAAAAAUGAGUGGCUGUAAAAUCAGAUUAUUUAACUGUUUAGGGCUGGGGGAUAAUAUGAUUGGUUAGGUAGAAAAAUAGGAAAUUGGGUAGAAUUAUGUGAUAACUUUCAUGAGUAUAAUUUAUUAGGUGAUUUUUAGACUCAAAUAAGUUAGAUACCACGGCGAAUAUAAAGAUGGCAAGAAAAUUAAAGUAUGGUCUAAUUCUAUAAGGUUAUAAAAAGCAGAUGUUUAAUUUUAGUAGAUGUAAAAACUAUUUUAAUUUUUUUAAAGAGAAGGUGGGUAGUAUGAUUAAAAGGGGGAAGGUCAAAAAAUUGGAGUUUGGACAGAAGUUUACAAAGGCUUUUAUUAAGGCUCAUAUAAAAAUGGCCGAAAGGUUGGAAUUUGGUAGUAACUUUUGUAAAAUCGUAAUUUUUUUACAGGAGUUUUUGAAUUGCAAAAAUCAAGGUUUGGAUAAAAACUUGUUUAUGAGUAGUGA